GUGGUUUUUAUUGGGUUUUUACCUGUAAGGGCUCUCGUUUUAUCAAAAAAGAAAAAAAAACUCAGGAAGAAUCUAGUUGCGGUUAUCUUCAGCCCAAAGAGUAAAGACCCAUCCAUCCGUUGCUGAAUCUGCUGCUUUGAUCGAAAAUGACGUCGUCCUCUCCAACACAGCGUACUCACGUCUCAAUUCCUCCUGAACCAGGAGGAAAGUCACUAACACAAGAAGCUAAUGAGCCACCAGUUCCGAUAUCAGUUUCCUCGCCGUGCGGGAAACGAACCAGAGAUCCCGAAGACGAGGUCUAUCUCGAUAACCUUCGCUCUCAGAAACGUUAUCUUAGCGAGAUAAUGGCUUGUAGUUUAAACGGACUAACAGUAGGAGACUCACUUCCUGUCAACAUGUUAGAGUCUCCAGCACGGUCUGAGAGCUUUCUUUAUCACAGGGAUGAUUUAUCAUUACAAUACUCUCCCAUGUCAGAAGACUCGGACGAAGCGAGAUUCUGUGAGGACCCAACAGCAACAGCAAGCACUAGCUCAUCGCAACCCGAGAGCCGCCCAACUAGUCCAGUUUCACCAUACCGAUACCAAAGACCUCUUACUUCAACAAACUCACCACAACCGUCACCAACAAUCUUACACCAUUCACAUACAUGUCCUGCCUCCAUGAUCUCCAAUGCAGCAACUACUACUACACCACAGUCUCGCCAAAGAGGAUCAGACACAGAAGGAAGGUUUCCAUCAUCGCCCAGUGAUAUCUGCCAUUCGGGUGACUUGAGGAGAACCGCUCUACUCAGGUCGGUUCAAAUGAGAACACAACCAUGUGGUUAUAGUUCAAGUUCGGGACCAAGCAAUAUUGACGGUGAAGAGAGGAUGUGUUCUAAGUCUAUGGAAGAAGAUAGAGGCUAUAACAAAGGGGAAGAUAUCCCUUACGCUGAAGUCUCUAGUAAGAGCAAGUCUUGUAAAGCAUUGGACAUGAGACUUUGUGAAAAGUGAUGAAAGAGGCUCUAUGAAGCUGACAUGGCAAUCCUCCUUUUAACAGUGUUAAAAAAUAAAAAUCCAAAUAUAUUAAUAUCCGUUUUUAUUUUCUUUAGUUAUAAUUUUUUUUUUAAAAAGUUGUGAGGUAUGUUAAAAAAAAAAAUUUAAUUAAAGAACAUAAAGUUAUUUGGAUUAAAGAGAAGAUCAAAUAGGAAAUUUGUGACGUAUGUUUGAGAACAAAAAUGAAUAUGAAAAAAUAGAAAGUCUGCAUUUUA